AAAAAAGAUAAUAACCAGCUGCUCAACCGGCAAGGGAAAUUCUUACUUGGGUGGAAAACGCCCGACGGCUACAUCAACGUAGGAAUAAUGGGCCGAAGCUUCCGCUUCGCUCGGCUGAUCGGCCUCGCGGUGGUCUGGGAGGGCCAAACACGGGCGGACAUCGCGUUGAAACAAGUAGACCACAUCAACCGCAAGCGAGACGACAACUCUCCCCGAAACCUCAACUUUCUGGAGGCGAUGGACGACGCCGGCCGCAGCGCUCAAUCGCAGAACACGCGGUCCGCUUUGCUGCAGUUGAGGACUUGUCGUUUCGCGAGAAUACAAAGGAGGAGGAAAAAAAAAUCCACUACAAGCGGUUGACGGUGCACUACAAGAGAGCGGCCCUGAGAGAUCCGGUCCUCGGCCUCGGCUG